AUGACUGCAAUCCACCGUGAUGGCGAUGCCAAAGAGGGCACACCUUUCGUUGCUUUUAAUACUCCAGUUCCUGUUGCCACCGCCAAGUACCAAUUCCCUUACCCGAAGCUGCAGCCAGAAGAGCACAUAGUGACUGCGACUCCUACUACCUCUACUAAACCUGCUGCUAUUGCUCUGACUGCACCCGGCGCAACUCCUGCUCAAGGUGACUACCAGUGCUGCCCUGGACCCAAGUUUCACCCAAGCUGCUAUUCCAGCGGACCAUACGUUGGCGUUUUCCCUACUCCCGCUUACUGCCCCAAGGCUGCAGGAUAUCCUGGCCACUGUCUUUGCCGCCCUGUAGAUGUGUCUAACCCUGUUGUACCUAAGCCUUAUCACCCCGAUGUGUUUGAAGUGAACAAGCCGAUGGCUGUUUCUGCCGCAUCUAGCUCCGGAAAGCUGAUGUACCAGGUCCCAUACCUUGUUGAGGAAGACCGCAAGUUCUGGUUCCAUGCACCAAAUGGUGAUUGUAUGCACCUCACUGUCAAGCAGAUAGCUGAGAAGCAAUGUGCCGGCCAUUGGGUGAACACUUGUGCUGGCCAGCCUUACUACGUGUGCUUGCCUAAGGACAGGAUCAGGUAUGACGCUAAGGAUUUCAAUGCGGUCUUUCAGAUGAGUGGGCUCAGUCAUAUCGAGUUUCACAAGCGCUACCAGCCAUUCUGA